AUGAUGUCGUCGAAGGCUGUGCUUACGUUUCUUUGCUGUGUGGCUCUUAUCAAUCUUGCCAACGCUCAGGAUCAAUCAGGGUUCAUUAGCAUCGAUUGCGGGUUACAACCGGAAAAUUCCAGCUACACGGAGACAUCAACCGGUGUAAAGUAUGUUUCGGAUUCGAGUUAUACGGAUACAGGAGCCAGCAGUUUCGUGGCGCCUGAGAAUAGACAAAACAUGAUGCAGAGCAUGUGGUCUGUUAGAAGUUUUCCAGAGGGAAUCAGAAACUGUUACACUGUUGCUGUUAAUAGCAGCUCCAAGUAUUUGAUCCGGGCGGCUUUUAUGUACGGUAACUACGAUUCGAGAAACGAGAUACCGCGGUUCGAUCUUCACUUGGGUCCAAACAAAUGGGACACUGUUGAACUUGAGUCUCCUAUGCAAACAGUGUCCAAGGAGAUCAUGUACUAUGUGUUGACAGAUACGUUACAAGUGUGUUUAGUGAACACAGGUAACGGUACGCCUUUUAUAUCGGUAUUGGAACUUAGACCGUUGCUGAAUUCUUCUUACGUUGCUCAAUCUGGAUCACUCCAGCUCUUUGAAAGAUUGGAUUUUGGAUCAACAACAAACUUAACGGUUAGGUAUCCAAACGAUGUUUUCGAUCGGAUAUGGUUUCCCUCCACGCCAAAUGGAUCCAAGUCGUUAAGUGACCCGUCGACUUCUCUCACAAGCAACAGCACCGGUACCUUUCGUCUUCCACAAGUUGUGAUGAGAAGUGGAAUUGUACCAGAUAUUCCAGGAGGGUCUGUAGAUUUUGGAUGGGUUCCAGAUGAUCCCUCUCUUGAGUUUUACUUUUACUUGUAUUUUACGGAACUUCAAGAACCGGAUUCCAGAACCGUAGAAACAAGAGAAUUCAUGAUCUUGUUGAACGAAAAGGCUUUUGGGAAACCGCUUAGUCUUAACUACUUCCGGACAUUAGUCCUCUUCACUUCAGACCCGUUGACAGCAAAGAGCUUCCAGUUUUCUCUUCGUCAGACUCAGAAUUCAUCUCUUCCUCCACUGAUCAAUGCUAUGGAGACUUACUUUACAAACAAACUACCGCAAUCAUCAACCGAUCAACAAGACCUUUCGGCUAUGCGGGAUAUCAAGUCUGCAUAUAAAGUCAAGAAAAACUGGGAAGGAGACGUGUGUGUACCUCAAGCUUACACAUGGGAAGGUCUGAAUUGUAGCUUCAAUGGCACAAACAUGCCUAGAGUAAUAGCUUUGAACUUGUCAUCCGCCGGACUAACAGGGGAGAUAGCCUCUGAUAUAUCCCGUCUUUCACAGUUACAAAUUCUGGACUUGUCAAAUAACAAUUUGACUGGACCAGUACCAGCUUUCGUAGCUCAACUUCAAAACCUGAGAGUCCUACAUUUGGCGAACAACCAGCUUAGUGGUCCUAUACCACCUAUUCUCAUGGACAGACUAGAGUCGUUUAGUAUCAAUGGGAAUCCAAGUCUUUGUCCUACAAGUGCGUGUGAAGAGGUCUCACGAAAUAGAUCAAAGAAGAAUAAACUUCCUGGCUUUGUCAUUCCAUUAGUUGCAUCACUUGCAGGGCUGCUUCUUCUUGUUAUCAUAUCUGCAGCAAUAGUUUUUAUCCUCAUGAGAAAGAAGAAACAAGGUGGAAUGAUAAAUAGGACAAUUACAGCUUCAAGUAAUGGACCGUCGUUACAGAGGAGAGAUACUGGUUCAAUGCGUCCAUCGUUGCAGCGAAGAGAAACCGGUUUCUCAACAUAUCCAUCAUUACAGAGAAUAGAGAGCGGAAUGACAGACUACCAAGGGAACGAAACCGCGGUAGAUGCGUUUGAUUUGGAACCAACAAAUAGGAAGUUUACAUAUGCUGAGAUUGUUAAUAUCACUAAUGGUUUCGAUAGAGAUCAGGGAAAGGUAGGAUUUGGAAGAAACUACCUUGGACAGUUAGAUGGUAAAGAAGUGACUGUCAAACUUGUUUCUUCACUAUCUUCUCAAGGCUACAAACAACUCAGAGCAGAGGUCAAACACCUUUUCAGAAUUCAUCAUAAAAACCUUAUAACCAUGCUUGGUUAUUGCAAUGAAGGCGAUAAAAUGGCGGUUAUAUAUGAGUACAUGGCUAACGGAAACUUGAAACAACAUAUCUCAGAAAACAGUACAACUGUUUUUAGCUGGGAAGAUAGACUUGGGAUCGCGGUUGAUGUUGCACAAGGACUUGAGUAUUUGCAUACUGGCUGCACGCCGCCGAUCAUUCACAGAAACGUCAAGUGUACAAAUGUGUUCUUAGAUGGAAACUUCAAUGCCAAGUUAGGCGGUUUUGGCCUUUCGAGAGCAUUUGAUGCAGCAGAGGGAAGUCAUUUGAAUACAGCCAUAGCUGGGACUCCUGGAUAUGUCGACCCUGAGUAUUACACAUCAAACAUGUUAACCGAGAAGAGCGAUGUGUACAGUUUCGGUGUAGUUCUAUUAGAGAUUGUUACUGCGAAACCCGCGAUCAUAAAGAAUGAGGAAAGGAUGCAUAUAAGUCAAUGGGUUGAUUCUUUGCUCUCUAGAGAUAACAUUGUACAGAUUCUUGACCCGAGUCUUUGCGGAGAUUAUGAUCCAAACUCUGCAUUCAAGACCGUGGAAAUAGCAGUGGCUUGCGUUUGUCGAAAUUCUGGCGAGAGACCUGGAAUGAGUCAAGUGUUGACGGCUCUUAAGGAGAGUUUGGCUGUAGAAGUUGAGAGGAAAAAGCAUUUGCCAGUUGGAUCAACAGAUUCAGUUGAAGAGCUUGCACUUGGCUUUGGUUCCAAUCCACCUCCUCGUUUGAGAUGAUUAUUUAUUGAUUUCAUUUUUGUAAUGUUUGUGGUCUCUCAAAUUAAUCUGUUAUAUAUGUUUUUACGUUUGUGAGUUCGAAUAACCAAAAAAAAAAAAUCGUUGUUCAUAAAUGUUUGAUCCAGAUGUGAGGAUUUUUUUACAGUAUAGUUUGGGUCUGAUUAGGGUCAUGUGUGGGAAGAAAAUAUUGAGCAGUUAUGCGUGAGGCACAAACUUUCCAAGGACUUACUUGUGACCUAAGGAACUUCCAGAUUUGUGCU